AGUGAGCAAGUAAAUAAUGUCGUUUCAGUGUUUUGUUUUUCCCUUAUGCUGUUAAUACAUGUUAAGACUCAGUCUGACAAAUCCUUUUGCAUUGGAAAUGACACUGUAUGCCUCUCAAAUCCCUGUCCGAACAAUUCUACAUGUGAUAAUAUUAGUAAGGACAAUACUUGCCACUGUUCCAACACCACUGAAAAUGUGGGGGAAAGUUGUGAUAUAAAGUUGGUUUCGUGUUCCUCCAAGCCCUGUAAACGAAAUGGAUUUUGUUUUGAUCUGGAUGAAGAACCUGGCUUUUUCUGCCGCUGUCCACCAGGAUAUGGUGGGAAAACCUGUGAAAUCACUCUUACGUCCUGUGUCUCAGGCUUUUGUAGACAUGGAGGCAUUUGCCACCACGGCACCUCUGGCCCUUUCUGUGACUGUGCUGAUGGGUUUAUUGGAAAGCACUGUGAGACUGAUUUCAAUGAGUGUGGUUCCAACCCUUGUCGCAACGGAGCUGUGUGCCAGGAUGGAAUCAAUGGUUAUUCCUGUUACUGUGUCCCUGGAUUUCAAGGAAGAUAUUGUGAACGGGAAGUGGAUGAGUGUGCUUCAGAACCCUGCCAAAAUGGGGCUAAAUGUCGCAACAAGGUAGGGGGCUACAUCUGUGACUGUCUACCAGAGUUCUUUGGUGCAAACUGUGAAAUGGAAAUUGAUGACUGUUUGUCACAGCCUUGCCUAAAUGGUGGCACCUGUCAGGAUUCUGUGGGGCGCUAUUUCUGUGGCUGUGCCUUUGGAUUCCGUGGUGAACACUGUGAAAUCAACAUCGACGAGUGUUACAGUCGUCCAUGCCUUAAUAAAGGGCGGUGCAUUGAUGGUAUCUAUAGUUACCACUGCAACUGUGAUGGUACUGGAUUCACAGGCAAGCAAUGUGAGAUCUCAAUGUCUGUGUGCUCGUCACAACCCUGUCAUAAUAAUGGCACUUGUGAGGUGUUUGAUGACAGAUACAUUUGCCACUGCUGGCCAGGGUUCACAGGCUCCCGCUGUGAGAUCGACAUCAAUGAGUGCAGUAGUAACCCCUGCCCCUCUACUGGGGAAUGUGUGGAACUAUCCUGGGCAAGCCAAUAUGGAAGAAUCUCUGAGUUGCCAUCUGAAUUCAGCUACCUUCACGCCACAGGUUAUGUGUGUCACUGUCAACCUGGAUACACAGGAAUCCGCUGUGAAGACGACAUUGAUGAAUGCUCCUCAAGCCCUUGUAAAAAUGGUGCAACAUGCGAGAACUUUCCUGGGAAUUACACUUGCCAUUGCCCACCUCAAGACUUUCAGGGGAUAGUUUAUGGGGGAGUGGACUGCCGUGAAAUUUUUCUGGGCUGUACCCGAAACAAAUGUCAGAACAAUGCAAUCUGCAUCCCUUACAUACAAAAUGGCCAACAUGAAUACAACUGCCUCUGUCCACCUGGCUAUUCUGGGUUGCUCUGUGACGUUAUCACUACCCUUUCCUUUGAGGGUAAUAGUUUCCUGUGGAUCACUAGUGCUCCAGGGCCAAUCAAGGAUUCUCUCUUUAACAUAGCCCUUAGUUUUCAGACUGUACAGUCAUCAGCUCUUCUACUCCUUCGAGGCGAUAAAGACAGUUAUGUAAAACUUGAGUUGUGGAAUGGCUACGUCCACCUAUCAGUUCAAGUCAAUAAUCAGUCUAAGGUGUUGCUGCACAUUUCCCAUAAUACCAGUGAUGGAGAAUGGCAUUCAGUGGAGGUAACCUUAGCAGAAGCUGUUACCCUUACUUUGCGUGACAACUCCUGUGUAGAGAAAUGUGUCAAUAAAGCUCCUUCUCCAAUUGAUAGUGACCAAGUGAUGAUUGCAUUUCAAAACACGUUUUUGGGUGGUUUGCCAGUAGGGAAGACGAAUGACGGUGCUGCUCUGCUUAACAUCUAUAAUAUGCAUUCUGCACCUUCAUUUGUAGGCUGUCUCCAAGACAUUGAAAUAGACUCGAAUCUCAUUACUCCUGAGAACAUAUCAGCAGGCUCAUCGUUCAACGUCAAAGCAGGAUGCAAUAAAAAAUAUUGGUGUGAAAACCACCCUUGUCAAAAUAGGGGACGCUGCGUCAACUUGUGGCUUAGUUACGAGUGCGAUUGCUACCGGCCUUACGAAGGGGUGAACUGUUUGAGAGAGUAUACAGCUGGAAGAUUUGGACAGGAUGACUCCACAGGAUAUGCUGUCUUCAGACUUGACCACAACCAGGAGGAGAUCGUCACCCUCUCCAUGUUUGUCCGAACCCGCAAGUCAUCUGGCUUUCUCUUGGCCUUGAAGAAUGGUACUUUCCACUACGUUAAUGUCUGGCUAGAACAUGGAAGAAUAGCAGUGUUGACUCCAAGUUCUCCUAAGUUAUUGGGAAGAUCCCUUGUAAAUGAUGGAAACAUUCACUUGAUAUCUUUGAAAAUAGCACCAAAUAAAAUUGAACUUUAUCAGUCUUCCCAAAACUUAGGAUAUCUUUCUACUUCCACACGGAAAAUUCGAAGUGGAGACAUUCUCUACGUUGGAGGCCUACCAGACAAAAAAGAAACUGAAUUCUGGGGUGGGUACUUCAAAGGAUGUAUCCAGGACAUAAGAUUAAAUAGUCACAAACUGGAGUUAUUCCCCUCUACAAAAGGAAAUUCAACCCUCAAUCAGACUCUUGUCAAUGUGACACCUGGCUGCACUGGGGACAACCUUUGCAAGUACAACCCCUGCCACAAUGGAGGUGUUUGCUAUUCCAUCUGGGAUGACUUCACCUGCUCGUGUCCCCCAAACACAGCAGGAAAAGCCUGCGAAGAAGUCAAGUGGUGUGAACUCAGCCCAUGCCCACCUGAAUUCCAGUGUCAGCUGGUGUUACGAGGCUUUGAUUGUAUUGCCAAUGCUGUGUUCCAUGGGCGGGAGAGUACCAUAUUUUUCAGAAGCAAUGGAAAGAUCACAAGGGAACUCACCAAUAUUACAUUUGGCUUUCGAACCAGGGACUCAGAUAUCAUCUUGCUGUAUGCAGAGAAAGAACCAGAAUUUAUUACUAUAAGUAUUCAGAAUUCUAGAUUACUAUUUCAAUUACAAAGUGGCAAUAGCUUUUAUAUGCUGAGCCUGAGGAGUAUGCAGCCAGUGAGUGAUGGAAUGUGGCACCAGGUGUUUCUUUCUAUGAUGGAACCGUCGGCCCAGUCCUCUCGAUGGCGAAUGGAGGUGGAUGACCAAACAACCAUUGUGACUAGUACAGUAGCCACUGGAAACCUCAACUUUCUAAAAGAAGAGACAAAUAUUUAUCUGGGUGAUAAACCUUUUGACAAUCUGGAUGGUCUUCAAGGAUGUAUGAGCUCAGUAGAAAUCAGUGGCAUUUACCUCUCUUACUUUGAAAAUGCUUAUGGCCACACUAAAAAGCCCCAGGAAGAGCAGUUUCUCAAAAUAUCUACAAAUCCAGUAGUCACUGGCUGUUCACAGGUGGAUGCCUGCAAUUCUAACCCCUGUUUGCAUGGUGGAGACUGUGAGGACUUCUAUAACUCUUAUGGCUGUGUGUGUCCCAUGGGGUGGACAGGGGCACACUGUGAAAUCAACAUUGAUGAAUGCUUUUCCAAACCCUGUAUCAAUGGCAACUGCUCUGAUAGGAUUGCAGGCUACGUAUGCAGAUGUAAUCGUGGCUACACAGGUGUGAACUGUGAAACAAACAUUGAUGACUGUGAGAAUCACCAGUGUGCAAAUGGAGCUACCUGUGUUGAUGGCAUCAAUGGCUAUUCCUGUCUAUGUUCUGGUAACUAUACAGGAAAAUUGUGCAGACAAGCCAGAUUACCAAUGACAGUUUGUGGGAAUGAGAGAAGAAACCUCACUUGCUACAAUCACAGCAACUGCACAGAGCUCCAGGGCGAUUUAAAAUGCGUGUGCCGGCCAGGUUUUACUGGAGAAUGGUGUGAAAAGGACAUCAAUGAGUGUGAGUCUACCCCCUGCCUAAAUGGAGGCAUGUGCCAGAACCUGCUCAACACGUUUCAUUGCAACUGCGAUGGCAACUUCGCUGGAGACCGCUGUGAGCUCGACCUAACAGACAACUUGAUCUCCGACAUUUUCACCGCCAUUGGCUCAAUCACAUUAGCUGUAUUACUGAUCCUCUUUCUGGCAGUGUUUGCCUCCUUCAUAGCUUCCAACAAACGGGCAAACCAGGGAACCUACAGCCCCAGUCGUCAAGAAAAGGAGGGGUCACGUGUGGAGAUGUGGAAUAUGGUGCAGCCUCCGCCCAUGGAGAGACUGAUUUAG